ACCAUUUUGCGAAACAUUCGGAUAAUAUGCAAGUUGAAGAAAUAAGUAACUAUGAACAGGGAAUUAACAAAUGUUGUUAUGAUUGUAAGAGUGACUCAAAAUUAUCACCUGAAGUCCAAAAGGCUAUACGAUAUAUAAUUCAGAAUGAAGGAUACAUGAAAUAUCAGAUAGAAACCGUCGCUUUAUCUCCAAACGGUACUAACUAUUUGGCAUGUUUGUUCGAAAUAAACAUCACUGGCCACACCAAAGAAGGUCCCAAGGAAACAAACUUAUUCAUAAAACAUACAAUACCCAAAGAAAACACACAUGGAAUGUUUGAAAUAGAUGACGUUUAUAUGAAAGAAGUAAACUUUUACACAAAUUUGAAUAGACUUUAUGAAAAACUACAGGAAGACGCAAACGUUCCCUGUCACAGGCGAUUCAGAACUGUUAAAUGUUAUGAUGAAUCAAACACUGAUGCAAUAAUAAUGGAGAAUUUAACAAAAAAAGGCUACACAGUAUUAAAUAGAAUGGAAACUAUGUCUUUAGAAUAUGCACGACUAGCAAUACAAGAAAUUGCUAAGUUCCACGCCUUAUCAUUUGCAAUUCAGAAAAAAAUGCCAGGUUAUUUUGAAAAAAACAUUGUGAAUCAAAAAUACAUUAUUACUUUUAAUGAUAAAUGGAAACAGUGGGCAAAUCAAACAAUAGAUUGCUCUCUGAAGUAUAUUGAUGAAGAUUUAAGAUCUAAAAUAAAGGAAAUGUAUCCUAUACUUUAUGAGAAAUUCUCCAAGUAUACAAGUAGUUAUAUGUCAUCUGUUAAUUGUCUAUGCCACGGGGAUUACAGACCAAAUAAUAUGAUGGCGAAGGAAAAUAAAGGUGAAAUAGAACACGUAGUACCAAUCGAUUACCAAUGCAUUACAUACGCAUCUCCGGUUACCGAUCUUUUGUACCUUUUCUAUAUAUCUACGGAUUGCGAAUUCAGAGAGCGAUACGAGCAAGAAUUAAUAGAUCUGUACCACGAUACAAUGAGGGAGUUUCUUUCUUAUUUUGAUAUAGAUUCAGAGACUGUUUGUCCAAGAAAAGUUUUCGAGGCAGACUAUGAAACUAUGCGUGAUUACGGACUAAUAAUUGCCUUGAUAAUGCUACCUUUUUGCUUUAUUGCUGAAGAUAAUAUUGUCGCCGACCAACUAGAAGGAGAACUAAAAAUAGAUGAACGUUUUCGUGGCAGAAUCUCUGGAAUUGUUAAUGAGUUCGUGAAACUGGGCAGACUAUAGUUAACCUGAGUGGACGUAAUACUGUUGAUGAGGAUUACUUGAUAAGGAAAUUUGAAUAUAAAUUAGAAAUAGAUUUUGUAUAAUUUAAGAUAUUGUUAAUAAAUGAGAUCAUUUAUUUUGCAAACGUAUACGGUUUUGUAUGAUAAUCUAUACUAAUAUUAUAAAGCUGCAGUGUUUGUUUGUUUGAACGCGCUAAUCUCUGGUACUACUGGUCCGAUUUGAAUGAUUCUUUCAGUGUUGGGUAGUCCAUUUAUCGAGGAAGGCUAUAGGCUAUGUUUUUUCAAAAUUAGGGAUCCGUAAUAAAAUUGCUAUUUUGUAACACAAGGUGUAAAAUCGAAAACCUAUUUUUGCGUGCGCUGCAAAAACUAUUGACAAUAGAACAAAAUGAUGUACAAUAUAUAUAUAGGCAAUCUUUAUUUAUAGAAUUAUACUUUAUAUGGCAAAACAACGUUUGCCGGGUCAGCUAGUGAAAGAUAAAAUGAUAGAAUAAAAUGUGUACAAUGAUUCUUCAAAAAUAUUUAAUGUGUUACUUAUAAGCACAAAGAAAAAUGAUCCCAAGUUUAAAACGCUAUGUUCUUAUCUUACCUUUGUCGCUACAGAAUCACAUGACAGGGAGAAAUAGUAAUUAAACUCGGAGUAUCCGCUUUAUUAGUAAGACAGUUACAGUUUGAUGGUUCGAUACGCGGCGAAUCACUGUGCGUUAGAUCGUGCGGAGUGGUGUAUGUAUUGCAACUAAUGAUUGAUAGAAAUAGAUUAAGUUUAUAAGACAACAAGUAAAGUGAAAUACAAAGGAGUAUAACCAGCCACUAAGAUUGGCGUUCGUGGACUAUGAGAAAGCCUUUGAUUCGGUCGAGAAAAAGUAUGCCACAGAUCUGAGUAGAACGAGCGCAAGAAACUCAACGGACUCCUUUUUUUUUAUUUCAUUACAAUAUUAUAUCGUACAUUAUAGUUUAUUUCUAAAUAACCUAAGGGCGGUCGCUCCAUUCCCAAUCUGUAGAAUCAUUAAAAAAGUUAUUUAUAUUAUAGUUAUAGUACCUUUACCACAUAAACGUUUUAGACUCAUU